CGUCAGCAUCCAUAUUAACUAUGAUGCUGAAGAUAUUCAUCUAGAACAUCCACAAUAAAUGUUUAAUAUAAGAGAUCAUUAAGAAUGACAUAUGAGAAUGAUCAUGACAUAUAAAAUAACAAUAGACGGAUCGCACUCGUGAAAGUGCUUGACUUUUGUCCCUGACAUUCAUCGCGUUCUCCGCUUCAUCAAAUUUAUCUUUUUCAGACACAAAUCUUCUUCGUUCCUGCGACAUGUACUAUCACUACUGACCUAUUUCUUCAUCGUACUCCCAUCGAUGUUCGAGACCGCUACUAGAUAUGUGGAAGAGAGAUCCAUGGAUGACUCUACUUGCCUUUUAUGUAUCUUGAACAUACCUAUACACGAGAAGGUUGAUCUUCUCAUAGGCCAACCUAUCGAGUCGUGGAUCACAACAUCUGAUAUUUUAAAGGGCGUCGCAUCCUUGAUAUUUGACUAUGCUGUUCUCGAACCUACGUUUUACCCCAUGUUUGCUCAGUUGUGUUCGCAUCUCAAAAGGAAGCUCGGCCCAUUUCCCUCCGACGAGCCUGGUGGAGACGAGAUCACAUUCUGGCGAGUUUUAUUGAAUACAUGCCAGGAGGCUUUCGAAAGAUUAGUCAAACUGAGGGGAGAAACAAGGCCAACAAUCACCACUUCUGACCAAGAGUCCGAACGUAGUUGUAGAGAUAAAGAAAGAAUUGUUAAGCAACGUGGUUUCGGAAGCUUCUGUUUGAUUAGCGAGCUUUUCAAACAGAAGAUUAUGCCUGAAAAGAUUGUUCAUCAGCUUAUCCAGGAAUUGUUUCGAACACUGUUGGAUCUUAAAGAACAAGAAGAAAUGAAGGAGCUACCCGCUAUUCUGGAGGAGGAAAAUGUGGAGGCCCUAUGCCAGUGUUUGCAUAUAGUAGGCAAGCAUCUUGAUGAGAACCCAAAAUCGAGGCGUAUAAACGAUCGUUACUUCAACAGACUGAUAGAGCUGUUAACGAAAUUAAGACUCUCCCCACGGAUAAGAUCUAUUGUUCGUGAUAUUCUUGAUCUUCGCUCGGAUAAAUGGGUUCCCAAGCCAGAAGAGGAAAAAGCUAUCAUAUUUACGAAGAUCCAUAAAUAUAAUGAAGAGAAGAACACGAGACUUGGUCUUGGUUCUACUUCGUCGAACAUCCCUGAAUCUCAACCACGGAAGAAACCAUUGGUAAAUCAGAGAUUUCCGCAUCCAAGAGUAGCCAGUUUCACCAUCGCUACAUAUAAUGCCCUGGUGUAUGCAAAUGGUGGUUUUACCCCUCUUCCUUCAGAGGAAUACUUUUGGUAUCCCGUAGACUAUCAGGUGUCUAUUCGAAGUCAAUCCAAAUCUGUCAAAGCGGCUACUCUUUCCGGUGUGAAUAAAGCAGAUGAAAUCAAGAGAAUAACAAUCUCUCUCGUUAACGAAUAUUUCAGUGUUCUUAUUCUUGAUGAUGUUUUGCAAUUCGUAGAAGAGCUAAAACCUCCGCAUGACUUCCCGGAGUUUGUGAAGGAAGCCAUUUUACUCUUCUUAGACAGAAGCCCACCAUGUGUCGAACCCAUGGCUAAACUCCUGGACUUCAUGUUAUUGAAAAAGAUUCUGGUCAAAAGCGACUUAAGAACUGGAUGCAGAAGCUAUGCAUCGCUGUUGGAUGAUAUCGCCAUGGAAUUACCACAAGCAGCCAAUGAUUUUGGGGAGGUUAUGGGACAUUUGGUGUUGUUUCGUGGAAUAGAUUUCAAGGUUGUCGGAGAAGCUAUAGAUGAAAUUAAAGAGCACUACUACUUUCGACACUACUUGUUUGAUGGAGUGAUGAGGAUUGUUGGUUCAAGUUCUUCUGCGAAUGUCCUCUUGACUGCACAAGCGGAUGAUGUUGCUGCAUGCAAAAGCCUCUACUGAGUGUAUCAAAUACCUAGUAGCUGCGAUGGUUGCCUAGUUGGAAAUAUAUUACUAUGAUUUUAGCUGCAUAUAUGAUGUCUUGUGUGAAAAGAGAUGCGUCAACUUCAACAAUGAAUUUUGGAACAUUUUUUGUAUGUAAAUUUGGUGUACUUGGUUUAUUAUCGGACUUUGACAAGUUCAGAAAUCAUAAUUGUACUGCAUUUUACUGAAAAAAAUUAUGUUUAAUAUUUGAUUUGGUC